GCCUCUGUGGUGUGUGGGCCCACCACCUGCCACCACGCAUGAUGCACACCAGCACCAACUCAUGCAGCUCCCCCCAGCUCUCCCACCAUGGAUGAUGCUGUGGUGCUUGGAAAGAAAGGCUAUAGCCUGAGCAACACGCUAGGAGAAGGCUCUUACGGCAAAGUGAAAUCUGCCUACUGCAACUGGCUGAAAUGCAACGUGGCCAUCAAGAUAAUCGACAAGAGGAAAACUCCUCGGGACUUCCUGGAAAGAUUUCUCCCCAGGGAAAUAGAGGCUUUGAGACAUUUGCGCCACCCCUCAAUCAUCAAAACCUAUGAGAUUUUUGAGACAUCAGCUGGGAAAGUGUACAUUGUGAUGGAGCUGGGGGCAAAGGGAGACCUCCUGGACUACAUCAAGAUCACAGGAGCUAUGGAAGAGGACGUCGCUCGCAUCAAGUUUCAGCAGUUGGCUUCUGCCAUCAAGUAUUGCCACGACUCAGACUUCGCUCAUAGGGACCUGAAAUGUGAGAACAUCCUUCUCGAUGAAGGCCUCAACAUCAAGCUGUCAGACUUUGGCUUUUCCAAACCCUUGUCUCGGGAUGAAAAUGGAAGAACUAUUCUCAGCAAAACCUUCUGCGGGUCUGCUGCGUACGCAGCCCCUGAAGUGCUACAGGGCAUUCCUUGUGACCCCAGGAUUUCUGACAUAUGGAGCCUGGGCGUCAUCCUGUAUACAAUGGUCUACGCUUUAAUGCCAUUUGAUGAUUCCAAUGUCAGGAAAAUGAUCUGCAUUCAGAAACAACACAGGAUUCCCUUCCCCAACUCAAAACACCUGACUGCAGAGUGCAAGGACCUCAUUUACCAUUUGCUCCAGCCUAGUGUGUCUCAGAGGUUGCACAUAGAUGAAGUUUUGAAACACUCAUGGUUGCAGACUCCAAAAUCCACAAUCCCUUCCCCUCCGCCAGCUGCAGAAGAGGGUGAGUGUUCCCAAAACCUGUGUGAAGGAAAGCCUGAGCACAAGCAGGAAGCCAAAUCCCAUUCUGCAGAAGGGGAAGGAGAGGAGAAGGAAAUGAGAUCCUCUUAAGGAUGGCUGGUUUUAACAAUAUCACAAAGUUGGUCUAACUUGUGAACUGCUGGUUCUCAACUUCAGCUUCUCUGGACCCUUUCGGCAAUAGUCCUCAUCUUUUGCUUUACAAAGUAUAGCAACAGAAGACACAGUACAUCUGCUGAGGUGAAUGAACAGCUUAACACUAUUAUUCUCAAAAGACCCGUCUCUGAUAUGGUUUGCGGGUAUGAGAAGAUACUGUCAAAACACAUUGGAAAGUUUCUUUCAGUGCUGCUGACACUUAACAGCUUUUACACUCACAUUUCUCAAGUUCCUGACUACAUCGGCUAUAGAAUUCACACGUGCAUCAACCACAUUUUGGAUUCAGUAAGUAAGAGGGCAGGUUAUUAGGAAGCGUGAACUGAUGUCUGAAACUGUAUGCAUACUGUUUUCAUAACGUACCAACUCUGACAGGCCCACUGUACAUUCCAUCAGU